GUUUAGGAAAAGAGGAAGGUGGGGUGACCGAAGUCAGGGGUGAAGACAAGAGUGGGGCGUUGGAGCUGUUGGGUUUGGCUGGCUGAGAUGCUCAGCACUGGGUCCUGGGGGACUGGAGACCGGUUUGGGAUUAUGGUCAUGGCACACUUCUGCAGUGGCAUUACCUGUGAGGCCUUGGGACAGUGUGUCAGCAGAUUCUUUACUCUGGGGCCUAGGUCUUUUCUGGCCAUGUUAGUGGGGAGGGGUCUCUAUCCUCUUGGCGUCAGUGGAAUCACCUGCGAUUGAUCAGGGGUCUUUGUGACCCGGAAAUUGACGUUCAGACCUGCAUCUUACUGUUUUCUGGGCCCCUAGGGUGUUGGCCGCCUGCUGAGAGAACGGCAGAUCGAGGUGCAGCCCUCUCCCUGCAAGGAGUGCACCUGCUCUCCUUCCUGACCUCUCUCCAACAGGAACCUCUCCACGCCGGCUGAGAGUGAAGAAGACGAUGCUUUAGGUGGCAGCGGCCGUGUUGCUCCUGAGCUGCGGCUGGUGGCGCUCCAGGGUAGCAGCCUUGUGUCCGUCUGGUGCUGCGCUGUGCGUGGAGGUCGGCGGCGCCUUUGCUCCUCAGAGUGGCUCGCAGCGGAAUGCGGCCCCGUCGUUCCCCCUAGAGCAAGUCGGUUGGCGGGGUGUGACCUACACACGCGUCAUAACUGCUGUGGAUGUAGGAGUCACGUCCGGCGGGUGCGAGAGGGGCUGCACGCUUCUGUGUCGGGCACAAGGAAACUGCAGCCCUGGACAUGGCCGAGUCGCACAUGAGGAGGCUGUGCGCCACCCUGAUGGACGCAGUUACCGACAAGGAUCCGCAGGUGCAGGAGCAGAUCUGCAGUGCCCUGUGCGCCCUCGGUGAGGCACAGCCAGAGGAGACGCUCCGCGCCUGUGAGGAGUACCUGCGGCAGCAUGAGAAGCUGGCUCAUCCGUACCGUGCGAUGAUCCUGAAGGCUAUGGAGGCAGUCGUGCGCAGUCACAUCAGCAAGCUUGACAAGGACAUGGCCAGGGCUAUCAUCCUGCUAGCCUCCAGUGAGAUGACCAAGGCCAAGGACCUGGUACCUGACUGGCAGCAGGCCGCAAGCAGCGUCCUCGUGGCUGUGGGCACGCGGUUCAUCAAUGCCGUGAUGGAGGAGCUGCUGAGCCGGUUCCAACCCGGCCUGCUGCCCCACCACUUUAUCGUGCAGACGCUUGCCAGCCUCGCGGCGUCCAAUGUGUUUGGCAUGGUGCCCUUCCUGACCUCCAUCCUGAGCACCAUGUUGCCCAUGCUGCCCAUGGCCAAGCAGGACGCGAUGCGGGUGGUGUUCUGCUCCGCACUACGGCACUUCAGUGAGAGCAUCCUGGAGUACCUGGCAGACCUGGACCAGGCCCCAGACCCCACGGUCAGGAAGGACGCCUUCUCCUCCCACAUCUUCAGCGCCCACGACGUGCUCUUCAACCACUGGCUGCAGAGUCGCGAAGCCAAGCUCCGGCUGGCUGUGGUGGAAGCCCUGGGACCCAUGAGCCACCUGCUGCCCAACGAGAGGCUGGAGGAGCAGCUCCCCAGGCUCAUCCCAGGGGUGCUCGCCCUCUACAAGAAGCAUGCUGAGACCUUCCAUGUGUCCAAGAGCCUAGGUCAGAUCUUGGAGGCGGCUGUGAGCGUGGGCAGCCGCACGCUGGAGGUCCAGCUCGAUGCACUGCUGGCUGCUUUGCAUGCCCAGAUCUGCGUGCCGGUGGAGUCGUCCAGUCCCCUGGUGGUCAGAAACCAGAAGGAGGUGCUGCGCUGCUACACUGUGCUGGCCUGCUUCGCCCCUGACCGCCUGCUGGCCUUCCUGCUGCCCAAGCUGGACACCAGCAACGAGCGGAUCCGCGUGGGCUCCCUGCAGGUCCUGAGACACGUCAUCAACUCGGCUGCUGCUCAGAUGGAAAUCCGGAAGCUUUUCAUCCUUUCCUCCAUGCGGCUCCCCCUUCUGGACACCAAUAACAAGGUGAAGCGGGCAGUGGUGCAGGUGAUCAGUGCCAUGGCCCACCACGGCUACCUGGAGCAGCCCGGAGGCCAGGCAAUGAUGGAGUACAUUGUGCAGCAGUGUGCGCUGCCCCCCGAGCUACAGCCCGAGAGGCAGGGCCCAGGAGGAGAGGACCUGCCCGCUGACAGCGUGCGCGCCAUCAGCAUCAGCACCCUCUACCUCAUCAGCACCACUGUGGACAGAAUGAGCGAUGUGCUCUGGCCCUACCUGCUUGAGUUCCUCACACCAGUGCGGUUCACCGGGGCGCUGACGCCACUCUGCCGGAGCCUGGCACACCUGGCCCUGAAGAGGCAGGAGGCUGGGGCCGACGCCUUCCUCAUCCAGUACGAGGCCAGCGUGAAGCUUCCGUCGCCCUAUGCCAUAACCUCCAGACUGCUGGUCGUGUCCUCAGACCCCUAUGUGGGGGACUGCCGCGGUGUGGCCUCGCUGCGGCUGCUGCACGUCCUUCAUCACCACAUCCACCCUCUGCUGGGCCCGAGGUGGGAGACCACCGUCCCCCAGCUGGUGCAGCACCUGGACGAACACACCGAGGAAACCCUGUCCCGGAAGGAAUGGGAGGAAAAGCUCCUGAUGUUCCUGCGUGACACUCUGGCCGUCGUGUCUGACAACACGUGGGUCUGCCAGCUGAGCCUGGAGAUGUGCAAGCAGCUACCCUGCUACAAUGGGGCGCCCCAGGAGAAGAACUUCCUGUAUAAAUGCAUAGGGACCGCCUUGGGUGCUGCAUCCAGUAAGGAGGUGGUGAGGAAACAGCUUCAAGGGCUGCUGGAGACAGCCAGAUACCAGGAGGAGGCAGAGCGCGAGGGCCUGGCCUGCUGCUUUGGCAUCUGUGCUGUCUCACACCUGGACAAUGUCCUGGCCCAGCUAGAGGACUUUGUACGGUCUGACGUGUUCAGGAAGUCUGUCGGCAUCUUGAGCAUUUUCAAGGAUCGGAGCGAGAAUGAGGUGGAGAAGGUGAAGAGCGCGCUGAUCCUGUGCUACGGGCAUGUAGCUGUGCAGGCGCCCCGCGAGCUGGUGCUGGCCCGGGUGGAGGCAGACAUCCUCCGGAACAUGUUCCAGUACUUCAACACCAAGGUUCUGGGGAUAAAGGUAGAAACCAAGGACCCGGCCUUGAAGCUGUGCCUGGUUCAGAGCAUCUGCAUGGUCUGCCAGGCCAUCUGCGGCAGCACGCAGGCAGGUGCCUUCCACUUCGCACGGAAAGCAGAGCUGGUGGCACACAUGACGGAGUUCAUCCGGGCGGAGCCCCCAGACUCACUGAGAACACCCCUGCGGAAGAAGGCUAUGACGGCGUGCACACUCCUGGUCUCCCUGGAGCCACCACUGGAAGAGCAGAUGCAGGCGGACAUGACCCACUGCUGCCUGCAGAGUGUCAUGGCCUUGCUGCCGGAGCCCGACAGGGAGGACGCCAGCGACCGCGAGGCCCUGUACUUGGACACACUCCACGCCCUGGAGGACCUGCUGACAAGUCUCCUGCAUCGGAACAUGACCCCUCAGGGCCUGCAGAUCAUGGUGGAGCACCUGAGCCCGUGGAUCAAGUCGCCCCGUGGCCACGAGCGGGAGCGUGCGCUGAGGGUCAGCGCCUGCCUGCUGCACUACUUCCUGGAGCGCCUGCAUGUCAGUGCACUGGUGCCCUUCCACAACCUGGGCCUCCUUGUUGGCCUCUUCUCCCCGCGCUGUGCCGACUUACGGCCGGCUACCCGCCAGGAAGCCGUGGGCUGCGUCUACUCGCUGCUCUACCUCCAGCUGGGCUACGAGGGCUUUGCCCGGGACUACCGAGACGAUGUGGCCGAGCAGCUUCUGGCCCUCAAAGACAGCCUCAUGCACCCCAAUCUCACUGUGCUCUUCCACACAUGCCACAGCAUUGCACAGAUCAUCGGGAAACGCCUCCCACCGGAUCAGCUGAUCAGCCUCCUGCUCACCAUGUUUGAGGGUCUGGGGGAUCCUGACAAGAACUGCUCCCGUGCUGCCACGGUCAUGAUCAACUGUCUGCUGAAAGAGCGUGGCGCAGUUCUGCUGGAGAAGGUGCCUGAGAUCGUGAGCGUGCUGCGCUCCAAGCUGCAGCAGACCCAGGAGGAGCACAUCCUGAAGGCCGCCCAACACAGUGUGUACCUGCUGGCCUCCUGGCACCGUGCUGCUGUUGUGUCCAGCCUGCUGGGCAGCCCUCUGCCCUUUGACAGCUACACCUGCACCCUUUGGCGGGCUCUGGCCGUGGACCCCAGCCUCACCACGCAGGUGCUGGGGCUGCUGCUGGAGAAGAUGAGCAGGGAUGUCCCAUUCAAGGAGAGCCGGGCCUUCCUGCUGAGCAGCGCUCCUGAUCGCGUGGCCACCCUACUGCCCCUCGCGGCCACGUGUGCGCUGUAUGAGGUCCUGUCUGCUCCAGCCUCUGGGGCUGCGGUGCUGGAGCUUUACCCUGAGCUGUUUGUGGCACUUCUGCUGCGCAUCAGCUGCACCGUGGGGGUCCAGCUGCCCCGGAACCUGCAGGCCAAGGAGAGAAGGAGUUCUGGCGCCCCUCCGGCCGUCAGGAACCUGGACCCCUGCAGCUCUGCAGUGGACACGCUGCAGGCCAUGCUGCUGAGGGGCGGCAGCGAGGACGUGGUGCGGCACCUGGAGCUGGAGGGUGGCUGGGAGCUGCUGAGGACCUCUGAGGGGCACGAGGAGGGUGUCACUCGGCUGGCCAGGGCUAUGGCGAAGCACGCAGGCCCCCGGCUGCCACUGGUAAUGAAGGCCCUCAUCUCCACGCAGAGCAGCGCAUACGAGAUCCAGCGGGUCACCUCCACGGCCUUCCUGGCAGAGCUGCUCAGCAGCAACGUGGUGAAUGACCUGAUGCUUCUGGAGACGCUGCUGGACAACCUGGCUGUGCGGCAGAAGGACAUGUGCGCCAGUGUGCGGCGGCUGGUGCUCCGCGGACUGGCCAACCUGGCCUCCGGCUCCCCUGACAAAGUUCGGACCCAUGGCCCCCAGCUCCUGACAACCCUGAUUGGUGGGCUGGACGAUGUAGACGACCUGCACAGUCUGGUGGCCCUGGAGGCCAUGGUGGGCCUGGCAAGGCUGCUGGACCUGGUGGAGCCGUGGGACCUGCGCUCAGUGCUGCUGCACACCGCCAUCCGCAUCCGGCCCUUCUUUGACAGUGAGAAGGUGGAGUUCCGGCGGGCAUCUAUCUGCCUCUUUGGACACCUCAACAAGGCCUGCCAUGGGGACUGUGAGGAUGUGUUCCUGGAGCAGACCGUCAGCGCGCUGGGACCCCUGCUGCUGCACCUACGUGACCCCCAGGCCACUGUGGUUGGCGCCUGCAGGUUUGCUCUGCGCAUGUGCGGCCCCAACCUGGCCUGCGAGGAGCUGACGGCCGCCUUCGAGAAACACCUGCAGGAUGGCCGCAGCCUGCACUUCGGUGAAUUCCUCAACACCACCUGCAAGCACCUGAUGCACCACUUCCCUGACUUGCUGGGCCGCCUGGUGAGCACCAACCUGUUCUACUUCAAGAGCAGCUGGGAGAAUGUGCGGGCCACCGCCCCCAUGUUCAUGGGCUUCCUGGUGCUGCACGCGGAUAGGGAGCUCCGACAUCAGGUGGACCUGGAGCAGCUCAUAGCUGCGCUCCAGCUCCUGCUGAAGGACCCUGCGCCCACAGUACGCAUGAAGGCCGCGGAGACGCUGGGCCGCCUGGUGAAGUUUGCCUAA